AUGGCCUUUUCACGUACCCUCAUCCCCGCCGGCCGGGCAGUCCUGACCAGGGCCACCGCCAACAUGGUCCCGCGCCAGUUUGCAGCGCAGUCGCUGCGUCGGUACGCGUCAAUCGGGGACUCGCAACCGCCGCGCUCGCCCUUCGACGGCGACGACAAGGAAAAGGCCGACCUAGUGAAUAAGCUCAGGUCCGACCCGUGGGUCAAGGAGGCGACGGGCAAGAUUGCGCAGAACCCGGAGGCGGUCAAGGCUAUUAUGGAGUUUGAGCAGAUUCUCAAGGCCAAGGGCUUUGACUUUCGUGCUGGCCAGCAGCCGUCCAAGCUGCAGAUGAUGAAGCUCAUGCUUGACAAGGACUUCAGACAGGCGAUGCUCAAGCUUGCUGAGGAGAUGCAGAAAGCGGGAAUAGAUGGAAACAGCCCGCAAAUGAAGGAGAUGAUGAAGCGCAUGGGCCUGGGCCAAUAA